AUGGGGAAAUCUAUAGAGAAGCCGUCAGAGAUAUCCUACAGUGAUGUUGCAACAGCCGAGCUUCAAUCCUAUCACUCCCCAAGGGCAUGGCUGUCCAAAUUCGCCUCCUGGGGUGUUGAGCUACGAGGUAUUGCUCCGGUGCCUAUGGAGGAACGAACCGACAAACGCUACAUCAACGUUUUCUUCGUGUGGUUCACUAUGAGUACAAAUCUACUCCCAAUCGUGACGGGAAUGGUGGGAACACUAUCAUAUGGUCUCAGUCUUCGAGAUUCAUCUCUUGUCAUCUUAUUCUUCAGUCUGCUAUGCACAAUCCCACCCGCCUUCUUGGGCACAUUCGGUGCCAGGACUGGGCUUCGGCAGAUGCUACAAGCACGUUUUACAUUCGGCUAUUAUCUGGUCUCUAUAAUUGUCGUACUCAACCUCUGUACUAUCGCGGGCUUCGGGGUCAUCGAUUGCGUGCUGGGAGGCCUGACAUUGGCCGCGGUCUCAGAUGGAAGCAUUAAUGCGACAGCAGGAAUUGUUAUUAUAGGCCUCUGUGGAAUGGUAAUAUCCUUUGGCGGAUACAGGUUUUUGCACCAGUUCGAGCGGUAUUCGUGGAUCUUUGCAUUGGUCGCGAUCGUGAUUGCGACUGGAGUCGGCGGCCAUCAUCUUUCUACAGAGUCCACGACUGAGCCACCGGCUGUUUCAACCAUCAUAUCCUUUGGAGGUGUUAUUGCCGGAUUUCUCAUUCCUUGGGCGGCCAUGGCUUCUGAUUUCGCAGUAUAUUGUGACCCGACAGUUUCUCCAUACCGAAUAUUUGCAUAUAUCUAUGCUGGGCUUCUUGUUCCUUCGGUUCCUUUGAUGGUCCUCGGUUCCGCCAUAGGUAUAGCUGUGAGGAGUGGAAAUAUCUCAUCUUGGUCGGCUGGUAAUACAGAGUACAGCGCCGGAGGGGUUUUGGAGGCGAUGCUUCAACCAGCUGGCAGAUUUGGCAAAUUUGUUUCUGUUAUACUCGCGUUUUCUCUCCUAGGGAAUCUAGCAGCCGCGAUGUACUCGAUCUCGUUGAACUUUCAGCUUGUUAUUCCCAUUAUGGCACGCGUUCCACGAUUGGUAUAUACUAUCGUCUAUACAGCUGUCGCGAUACCGGUCUCUAUUUACGCCGCCAAUUCUUUCUUUGACAGUCUGGAGAAUUUCCUCUAUGUCAUUGCAUAUUGGUCUGCGGCCUUUGUUGGUGUUGUCGCAACCGAACAUUUUGUCUUUCGCAAAGCUGACUGCAACCAAUAUACGGCAGAAGAUUGCGGUAAUCCAAAAAAGCUUCCGACUGGAGUAGCUGCUAUUGCGGCUAUUGGGCUUUCGUUUGGUUUAAUUGUCCCGUGCAUGAGUCAGAUCUGGUAUACAGGGCCUCUCGCUGAGAAGACAGGGGAUCUUGGGUUCGAAAUCGCUCUUCUAUUGUCGCCUCUGCUAUACUUGCCACUUCGAUUUAUCGAAUUGAGAUUCCGGCAUUAG